UUACAGUUUCCAAAAGUUUAUUAAAAUCUAUUUUUUUUUUUUUGUUUUUCGUUUUUUAUAAAAAUGAAAACUUUAGUUAAAAAUCCUAAAAAGCCAAACGCGAACAGUACCAUUGCUGCAGUAAAGAAAAUGCCGGAAGAACAGAAAGAGAAUAAAAAUGACAACGAGCAAUUGCAGCCAAAUGCAGAGAUUUCCACUGUAAAGCGUCCCAAAAAACAAAUGGAUACAGAGACUGAGAAGGUUUCACCCAAAAAACGCAAAGUCUCUGUUAAGUCAGUUGGCGAAGAGGAACAGAAUGCGGAAGUCUCGGUGGAGCAGCAAAAUGUUCUAAAAUUUGACUUGGACAGUAUAAACAAGGGUAUUUUUCCCAUAUUUGACAAAUUGAAGGGAGCUACAAGCAAUGGCACGCAGGUGUAUUUAAAUGACAUGAUUUCAUUAUUUCGCUUAGAGGAGGACCUCACUAAGCGCACAGCCACCUGUGCCUAUGCCUUAAAGCGCUUGAUACGCUGCACCGGUGCCGACGACAUGGAUACCGUGGCUACCAGCGCUGGGUAUAUACUGACUAUUUUGAGCUCGGUGCCUGGCCUCAAUCCAAUUGACUUGUUGACUUUGCUAAAACACGAACUGCCGUGCAAUGGCAGCCCGAAGGGCAAGGAGGAGUCGCUGGCCGGCAUUGGGCAAUUGAUUACCGUUUUGUGCCUCAUGCAGACCGAAUAUUUUGAUCAGCCAUCAUCAGAUCUAAUACAAGUGGUCUAUCCAAUCUUGGUUCCCAAUUUAAAGGGACGCGAGUAUCUGACAUCAAUGUGUGCUGACAUUAUGGGUUCCACGUUCGCUGCGGUGGACGUGUCGAACUUCAAGACUUACGUUUGGAAUAUUCUGCAGCCAGAGAUAAAUAAGCCUCUAACGGCACAAAAGCUGCACACCUUGGAUCUAUUGAUCACAGUCCACAAUCGAUAUCCAACAGUGUUGCCCCUAGAGCAGCUGCAGUCAAUACUAUGGCGCAAUCAGCCGCCACAAUACGAGGAGCUGUUUAAUUUCUAUUUGAAAGCACCAACGUUGCUCAAAUAUACUACAUAUAUAUUGGGUAAAUUUUUGGCAAAAUGCAGCAAUAAGCAGGCGUUGGAGGCUUGGCUCAAGCAUGUUAUCGCAAAGCUGCCAUCUAAUAACAUCGCAGAGAAGAGUUGCUUCAUCAGUACUCUGACGAAUAUAAUCGUUUACAUGGAUGAGAACAAACCUGAGACUCGCGUCCAGCUGAAGAGUAUAUUUGCCGCUGAGCCCUUGGUAACCAUGCUGGUUGAGGAGCUUAGGGCUAUGAAAAAAUCUGAUAACAAGAAGAAAGGCGGCGAUGCCAAGGAUAAGAUGCGCUUCAUAUGCCGUCAAUUUGAGGCGGCAAUCAUACUAUGUUUCGAUCAAAUAUUUGAGCAGGAUGACAGCAAGCUGCAAAUUCUACGUCCCCUGCUGGAGCAGCAGCUGAAUCUAGAUAUGAUUGCACAAACGCCUAAAUACACUCAGACCUUGUUCACCAAGCUGUCUGCGGAGGGAUUGGAUCAGAUGUACGAUUUCUAUUUUGAAAAUUUCACCAGUAACAAUGAGCAGUUGACUCCAUCGGAUCGCGAGCAUUGCCUCAAGCAAAUGCAAAAUCUGAUGCACUCUAAGCGCAAUCAGCAGUUGCCGUUUUUACUGAAUGCGACAGUUUUCCAUCUCGACGAUCAACUGAAGAAGUGCACAGCCGGCGAUGCGGCCAUCUUCAGUCGUCAGGCAGCCUCACGCUGCGAGGAGUCGUUGUUCAACUGCCUGGUCCACAAGCUUGGCGUGAAUAAAGAGCAGUUAGAGGACUUGAAUCAAGUGCUGCGUACGCUUUUGCUGCCGUUCUCACGCAAGCUAUUCAAGUCUGGCAACGAGUCGAAGCUGCGCAUUAAGCUGACUCCAGAGCUGCGCAAGACAUGGGAAAAGGUGCAGAAGGUGGUGGAAUCGGAUCCGAUCAAGGAAACGGAAAUCGAGGCAUAUGGUCUUGUUUUCGAUACGCUUAUCAUGUUCAUUGGGAUCGCAACGUUGAUGCCCAACAGCAACAUGGAAUUGGAUAUAAUUGAUGACUUGCUCAUUUGCAAGGAGAAUGCAAUCAAGUCGAAGUCGCAGGCUAACGAGUCCAGUGCCUCUGAAUCGGAGCCCUCAUGGCAGUCGGUCGUAACAGAGGCUUUGAUUCAAUUAUUGCUCCAAACGGGCAACUAUUGGCGUCAAUUGGUCAAGUCCGUCGGCGCCACAUUGAUCCAGCACUUGAGCAGGGAUAAUCUGAAGCAGAUUUUGGGCUUUUUGGAUAUCACCAAAAAUCCCCUAGUGGGUAAUUCGGAUAUCUAUGUGAAUAGUGACGGGGAUGGUGAUACAAGCGAAGAUGAUGAAGAUGACGACGACAAUGAUGGCGCCGACGACGACGACGAUGAUGAUGAUGAUGAUGAUGAUGCCGAUGAUGAUAAGGAGGCUGCUAUGGAUAUCGAUGAAGCCACCAAUCUCGAGGUGGUGCGCGAAAAUGUGCGCAAAGCACUGCUUGAUGACGCGAAUAAUGAUGACGAUGCCAGCAGCAUCGAUUGGAAUGACGUAGACGAGGAGCAGGGCGAACGGCUCAACAAGGCACUGGAGGCCGCCUUCCAGGUGAACAAAAAGGGCAAGGGCAACAGCCAGCAGGGUAAGGACUCGAAGAAGCGUCCACCCAAGUCGGUACGCAUCACAGAAACCACAUUGUUGCACUUGCGCGUCCGGAUUUUGGAUCUGGUGGAGCUAUUCUUCACAUUGCAACCGCAGCAGGAGAUUAUAGUGGACACAGUGGUCUGCCUUCAUCAGCUCUUCAAAAAUUGCAGCAAGAACGACAAGUUUCCGCCUCUGGUCGAGGCCGCCAAAAAGACGAUGCGCCGCUUGAUGACUGAGGAUAUUGUCUACACGACACCUGAGCAGGACAAAACACCGCUAUUCGAUUGCAUUAAGAGCCUGCUUGAUGAGCAGAGAGAAAAAAUGAAUAAACUGGUCAUAGAUGGCGCGAUUGGAUUGCGUGAACGGUGCACCGCCUAUUUAAUCAGUCAAAUGGACGAGAAGGAAGUGACCGAUACUCCCGUUUGGACAAUGAUUACUGACAUUGCCAUGGAGUGGUCCACUCAUCGCAACAGCAAAAUCUCGCAUGGAUUAUUCGAUGCCAUUCUUUCCAGUAGCUGGAAGGGUAUUCCUCAACUUAUGAUCAGCUUCUCCACGCUGAUCCCUAUGACCACGACAGAUACCAGGCGUCGUGCUCAAAUUGCCAGUCUGAUACUCAAGCACUUGCGCCGCUUCUCUAACAAAUCGGACAGCAAGGAGUUUGCACGUAUGAUCCUUGAUAAUAUCGCCGACUAUCAACCAAAGUCUAGGGAGAUUAAUAAGCUACGCAGUCAGCUUAAUAAGUUGACUUCUGAAGGUUAAUUUUAUAAUUUUACUAGGAACAAAUCAUUUCUAUUUGUUCCUCUUUGUUUACUACAAUCCCAAUUUCCAGGGGAAUUUGAUAAUUUAGGGGCGGAUUUUCACGUAAACGCUGGGGCUAACGCGGUUACGUGCUUUAAAUUGGUUUAACACAAAACCAAGUGAUACGACGAAUGGAUAAAAUAAACCAAACAGAAAAGGAAAACAACAAAAUCAAAA